UCACGUAGGGGAGAAAUAUGAUGUGAAAAUCUGAAGCUACCGACCACACAUUAUGAUAGAAACAGCUGUUUAUUCAUCACCUCUCACCGUAUGAACAGCGGGGACACUUCACCGGCUCCGUUUGACUGUUAAUGAGAGGAAGCUACGGUCUCCGGAGCAGCCAUGCCCGUCUCCCUGCUGUGGGCGGUGGAUGUGUACGGCCGGGUCUACAGCCUCUCCACGGGGGGGGGGCUGUGGGAGCAGUGCCGCGACGCUCACAUGGAGUUCAAGCGCGUGACGGCCGCUCAGCAGUGCUGCUGGGGCAUCGCCUGCGACAACAACAUCUACCUGAACCUCCACGCGUCUGACCUGCCCGUUCGAUACCAGGAGGAGACCUACGAGAACCAGCGCUGGAAUCCUGUGGAUAGUUUCUCAGAUCGUUUGUUGCCUAGCGACCGCUGGCAGUGGAGUGAUGUCACCGGUCUGCAGCACCAGCCUCUGGACGGCUUCCUGCUUCCCUCCAACAGCUGGGAGUGGGAGGGUGACUGGCACGUGGAUGAAAACUUUGAGGGAGAGCCCACAGAGAAAGUGGGAUGGACCUACGCCAUUGAUUUUCCCGCCUACUACACCAAAGACAAGAAGUGGAACUCCUGUGUGCGUCGCAGGCGAUGGCUCCGCUACAGGAGAUUCAGAUCCAUGGACACCUGGGCCAAGAUCCCCCCACAGCAGACGACUCUCCCAGAUCCUUUCAGCGACAUCAGCUGUGGAGGAUGGGAGAUCAACGAGGAGCCCAGAGGCCGGCUGUCACUGUGGGCUGUCUCCCUGCAGGGCAAGGUUUGGUUCAGAGAGGGGAUCUAUCACCUGAAUCCUGAGGGCUCAGUGUGGGAGGAGGUGUCUCUCCCCGGGGAGGUGAUCCAGAUCAGCUGUGGCCCCGGGGAUCUGGUGUGGGCGGUGCUGUGGGAGGGCCAGCUCCUCGUCAGGGAGGGCGUCAGCAGAGACUGCCCCAAAGGAACCUCGUGGGUCACGGUGGAUUCUCCCAGUCCUGAUGUGGGAGCCACACAUGUCGCUGUGGGAGUCAACGUUGUUUGGGCUCUGACCAAGGAUAACAAAGUGUGGUUCAGACGCGGCAUUAACUCCCACAACCCCUGUGGCUCGGGCUGGAUCAACAUGGUGGGAGAAAUGAUCAUGAUCAACGUCGGACUCAACGACCAGGUUUUGGCUAUCAGCUCUGAGGAUCGGGCGGUGUACUUCAGACAAGGUGUGACCUCAAGUGAGCUGAGUGGGAAAACCUGGAGGGCCAUCACUGUCCCCCGAGACGGAGACCGAUCCCACUCCAGUGCCAGCGCAAGCUCCCUGCAGAGUGCUGGCAUUUAUUUCUGUGGUGAGGUGCGCGCUCAGUCAGCAGUGAGCGAUGUGGAGUCGGAGAGAGGAUCUACAGACGGAGCCACCGGCAUCAUCACCUCCUCCUCUCCCGAGUCCCUCGUUGAUGCCCCCACAGACCAACCUGUCGAGACCCCCAAACCCCGCAUCCCCAAAGUCACCAGCGACAGCUUCAUCUCUGAACUCGUCUCUGACCGAGAACCGGCAAAGACUUCCAGAGAGGAAACUCCCCCUGCUGUUUUGGAGGAGGAACCCCUCGCUGUUGAGGAAGAUCUCAAAGACCCCUGUGCAGGUGUAGCUAUUCCCCCUCAGGACCCCCAGUGGUGUAAUGUGGAUCUGGAGGAGGCGCAGAUUCAGCAGACUGGACUUGUGUUGGACUCUGUGGACACCUGCAGCCUGUCGUCAGUGGCCACGUACACUCUGGCCAUGGAGGACCCGUACGGGGCUGAUGAGCGCCCUCUGUGGGCCUGGGUCAGCGGGGGGGGCUGCAACGUGGACAGUCACUCCCAACUCAACUGGUUCAACUCCAUGAACGCCUCAUCUUUGGUCCAGUCAGUCCAGUCCAUGAGUCUGUCCGUCAGCCCGGCCCAGACGGCCGCUUGGAGGAGACAAAUCUUUGAGCAGCUCAGUGAGAGGACCAAAAGAGAGAUGGAUAAUUUCAGACAUUAUGAACAAGCCAUAGAACAGUCGGUGUGGGUGAAGAAGGGAACCAUGCAGUGGUGGAGAGACUGGAAGCCUUACAAGUGGAUCGACGUUCAUUUUGCCUUGGAGCAGUUUUCAGGAGCCGAGGGCAACAAGGACGGCAUCCUCUUCAUCUACUACAACUUUUACGAGGAGAAAAAGUACCUGCACGCCUUCGUCAACGAUGUCACCAUCCUGGUCCCCGUGCUGAACGACUCCAAACACUCUUUUGCCAUCUACACUCCUGAGCGGACCAAACAGAGGUGGCCAAUCAGACUCUCAGCAGCUACAGAGCUGGAGAUGCAAGACUGGCUGGCGUUGUUGAGCGUCUCCUGCUGCGACUCCAGAGGGAUCCAGGGUCCUCCCUCCAAACAGGCCGCCUGGUCCAUCACCUGCAAAGGAGACAUCUUCGUCAGUGAGCCCUCCCCCAGUCUGGAGGCCAUGCCUUACCCCACAUCCUGCGACCAGAUGUUUUGGCGGCAGGUAGGAGGUCACCUCCGUAUCGUGGAGUGCAACAGUGUGGGUAUAGUGUGGGGGAUCGGCUACGACCACACGGCCUGGGUCCACACCGGAGGAUACGGAGGCGGCUUCUUCCAGGGCCUGGCCAGCAGCACGGAUAACAUUUACACACAGUCAGACUCCAAGAGCGUCUACAUCUAUGAGAACCAGAGGUGGAACCCCGUCACCGGAUACACCAACAGAGGGCUCCCUACAGACCGCUACAUGUGGAGUGACUCAUCAGGACUUCAUGAGUGUACAAAAACAAAUAUGAAACCCCCCUCCCCUCAGUGGACAUGGAUGUCUGACUGGUCUGUGGACUACAGUGUGUCGGGGGGGGCGGACAGAGACGGCUGGCAGUAUGCGGCUGAUUUUCCAGCGUCGUAUCAUGGCCAUAAAACGCUGAAGGACUUUGUGCGUCGCAGGCGAUGGGCCAGGAAGUGUAAGCUGACGACCACCGGACCGUGGCAGGAGGUUCCUCCCAUCUCCCUGAGUGACGUCACCAUCCUGCCGUGUGCAGCGCAGAUCAGCGUGGACGUGGUUCCUCUGUGGGCGAUCAGCAACAAGGGAGACGUGCUCUGCAGACUGGGAGUCUCCACACUGACGCCUGCCGGAUCCUCGUGGCUCCACGUGGGAACCGACCAGCCUUUCAAGUCCAUCUCCAUCGGAGCUGGCAGCCAGGUCUGGGCCAUCGCCAAGGACGGCUCUGCCUUUUACAGAGGAUCUGUCUCUGCAGAGAGUCCUGCAGGAGACAGCUGGUACCACAUCCCCUCCCCGGCCAAACAGAAGCUGAAGCAGGUGUCUGUCGGCAGGACGUCAGUGUACACUGUAGAUGAAAAUGGUGAGGCUAUUGCAUUUUGGUACCGGCAGGGCGUGACCCCCAGCUACCCUCAGGGAUCCUCCUGGGAACACAUCUCUAAUAACGUACGCAAAGUCUCCAUAGGGCCUCUGGACCAGGUGUGGAUCAUAGCGGACAAGGUGCAGGGCAGCCAUGGUCUGAGCUGUGGGACAGUGUGCCAUCGGCUGGGAGUCCAACCCAUGGAGCCCAAAGGACAGUCCUGGGACUACGGCAUCGGGGGUGGAUGGGACCACAUCACAGUGAGGGGGAACUGCAUGGAGCCGCCCCGCAUCUGUCUGCCCUCUCUGGGGGGCCUGGCCUCUCAGAGCUCCUUCCUUGUGAGCACGGAGGCCAACGGCAAUGCUGUGGGUUGCUAGACAGACACACACACACACACACACACACACACACACACACACACAAUGUACAGAGCCUUCCUAAACCAUAGUACCUUUCUAGUAAUAUUUAGUAUGUCGUUUUUGUUUAAAAGCACUUCUACUUUUAACACUGGAGUAGCAGCACUGCUAAUUCAGCUCUAAACUAUGGAGGACAGCCUUUAGUGUUCACGUCCUGCAGUCAGGGUCACGGAAAGUUCUCCGUUUUAGACUUUCAGAAUCUCAUAUGAGCUGAAUGUCUCUCCCUUUGCUAUCUGUCUUUGCUCACUGACAUUGAACUCGCUGGUCUUAAUGCAUUUUGUCCAUAUUUAUUCAUCAUGUGUAUGUAGUUUCUUUGUAUAGAGUACCUCAUGUUAGGUUCAGAUGAACUUGGAAAGGUAGGGUUUUAAUGAUAAAAUGAAAUGAAUGUACUUUAAUUAAAGCUACUUGACUGCUAACUGUCUGCCACUGGGCUGGUAUUUAAGACAACAUUAAAAACAUGCUUAAUAUUAUCCUACAGGCAAAAGGUUAACACACUUUCCAAUAGACUAAAGCCUGAUUACUCUGGAACAUAAGAAAUCUGAUAACAGGAUGGAGCAAAUAAGGAUCUGACAGACGGCAGAAAAGCAUGACUGUAGAAUCUUCUAAAAAGGACUUUUGAAGCCUAGUUCUGGGUUUAUUGCGUCCAAAUGUGUGUGGAACCUGUGUGAAGUUAAGACAUCUUUAAAGCAAGGCAAGCUCUCAAACACACACACACUUUUCUGUGAGCUUUAGUUGGUACUACUGAGGCGCUUACUAAUUGUAAAAUUAGGUUUUCCCAUUGACUUCUAUACAUUUACAGUGCUUUUGGAGCCUGUAUGUAGCAGCUUUAACAAGACAUGCACUGGCUUUAUUUACUUGUGGUGGUUGCCUUGUACCAACAGUGAACUGAUGUUUUAUAAAGCUUUUAUUUUCUUUAUUUAAAUGUAGUUUUCAUGGAGUAUGUGCAAUGGUUAGCAUUAUAAAUAAGGGAAAAGUGUGGAUUACUUGUAUACGUUCUGUGGUUAAAAUGCUAAAACUGAACCUUCCUCUUUCUCAGGAGCAUGUUUGCAUGUUGGCAUUUACUUCCUGUCGUUAGUAGAAUGACUGAGCGAUGAGAAGAAAAUAUUAAAAACAACUAUAUUUUUGUUAUAAAUCUGUAAGAUAUGAAUAUUAUGUACUUAGUAUAGUGCUGCAAUGGUAAAAUAGUAAGCUGGAAUAGUGUUUCUACUUUUGACAUGAGCGUUUAAUUUAAAACAUUAAUAAGUAUCCGUUCAGGCUUUAAUUUAUGUUAACAGCUGUCUAAAUUCCUCUGUAUCAUAAUGUAUCGUCUAAAUAUGAUGCAGCCUUUGUUGAAAUGUUGAAAGUGUACAGAGAUCCGUCUGUUUUAUCUGUGAAUAACUAACAUUGCUUUGUGUUACUGUAGCGUGAAACACAUCCCUGCUGUUGACAUUGUGGAGUACAUUUCUCAAGUGUUGUGCAUGGUCAAAGUAACAGUCCUUAUCUGUCAAUAAAUAAAUGUGUUUAUUGAUAGCAA